AUGCCAAUAACAGCCAAUAUUCAAAAACGUGCUCGAAAAUCAGUCGCUCCUAUUCGACCGCAAAUCAAUCCACCACCUUCAACAAACUCAUCCACUGAUGGAACAGUGUGUCAUCUAUGCGGUUACUUAGGUCGAACAAGAUUAUUAUCGAUUGAAAAGCACGGCUAUAGUUUUUUACGCCAUUUACCGCCAGCAUCUGGUGCUCUGUUUGUGAACGAAAAUACUCAGCAUGUUCGUGCCUGUCAUCUUUGUAGUUUAUUGCUGGAUAAACAACGUGAACUUAAUCAUACGUCGAACAAUUUCUUUUUCAAAGGAUUUUUUCGAUCAGCAGGCUCAUGCCACAAUAACGAUGAUUUACCGGUAAAACGAUCAUCAAAUUCUACCAACGAACAGGAACAACCGAAUGAAACGGAAAUAUCAAAAGAGAUCACACCGUUAUCCGAUAAUCCGCUGCUCAUCACAACUAAAACGAAUGUAUCGAUGCAACAAUCUGGACGAACAGCACCUCCACCAUUGCGUAAAGCAGCUUCUACUGUCAUCUCUACUGACCUCUUCACCGACUUAUCUUCGACUGAUGACAUCAGAGCAUUGGACUCAUGUCUAUCAUCGAUUCAUUCGCGUUUUCUCUCCGAUUAUACUUCGAUUGUAUCUUCCUCGAAUCAAGCAUUCUACAAAUCAUGCCGUUUAUGUUUAUCGGUUAAACCUCACGGCACAUUUUUCACUAUCUUCAAAAAUCAAUUCAAUUUUCUUUCUGCACCACAAAUUGACGUUUGUACAUUAUGUUAUUAUAAUUUAAUGGAUCAGUACAAGAAUGAAGUGACAACUUACCGUCGUCCACGACCUCAAUGUUAUCUCUGCCGCUGUCGAAUUCAUUUUGUUGAUUGGGAAGUCAAACUAUUAGAAACUGAACACUUUCCUUUCUUGCUAAAACUAGCAAACGAAAAUCGAAUUCUUCGUGAACAGUUAUACGAUAGUCAACGUUUAGCACUGGUAUGUGAUUCAUGCUUUUAUGCAUUACUUUUUCAAUACAUUGACCAACAGCGACAAAACAUCGCAAUAGAACGGCGAAGUUAUACUUGGCAAAGUACAUAUUCGUACGAGAUCGAACAUUCUUUCAACGAUUAUCAGUGGGCCUAUACAUCGGACAAUAAAACAAGUUGA